AGUUCCCCAGCUCCAGCCGCCGUCGCCGCCGCCAGUAUAGUGCAGCCGCGGCCGCCUCCCGCCAGCCCGCCAGCCCGCCAGCCCGCCGGGGGAGAGAACGUGCUUGAGCUCGGGCAUCCCCGCUCCAGUCUUUUCCGGAGCCAUGAACCCCAACUGUGCCCGGUGCGGCAAGAUCGUGUACCCCACGGAGAAGGUGAACUGUCUGGAUAAGUUCUGGCAUAAAGCAUGCUUCCAUUGCGAGACCUGCAAGAUGACACUGAACAUGAAGAACUACAAGGGCUAUGAGAAGAAGCCCUACUGCAACGCACACUACCCCAAGCAGUCCUUCACCAUGGUGGCCGACACUCCGGAAAACCUCCGCCUCAAGCAACAGAGCGAGCUCCAGAGUCAGGUGCGCUACAAGGAGGAGUUUGAGAAGAACAAGGGCAAAGGCUUCAGCGUGGUGGCAGACACACCGGAACUUCAGAGAAUCAAGAAGACCCAGGACCAGAUCAGCAACAUAAAGUACCAUGAGGAGUUUGAGAAGAGCCGCAUGGGCCCCAGUGGGGGUGAGGGCCUGGAGCCAGAGCGCAGGGACGCCCAGGACAGCAGCAGCUACCGGCGGCCUCAGGAGCAGCAGCAGCCACCUCACCACGUCCCGACCAGCGCCCCUGUCUACCAGCAGCCCCAGCAGCAGCAGGCCACCCCAGCCUACGGUGGCUACAAGGAGCCUGCAGCCCCAGUCUCCAUACAGCGCAGCGCCCCAGGCGGGGGCGGGAAGCGGUACCGUGCGGUGUACGACUACAGCGCCGCCGACGAGGACGAGGUCUCCUUCCAGGAUGGGGACACCAUCGUCAACGUGCAGCAGAUCGACGACGGCUGGAUGUAUGGGACCGUGGAGCGCACCGGCGACACGGGGAUGCUGCCGGCCAACUACGUGGAGGCCAUCUGAGCCCCGCGGUGCCCUCCCCACCCAGUCUUCAGUGCAUUCCAUGACAUCGCAUCCGUCCCGGGUCGUGACCCAUCCACCCUUCAGUGUCUCUGUUUCUUAAGAUCUGCAAUGGCUUGUUUAUUCCCAUCCCUCCUCCAGCUUUUUUUUUUUUUUUUUUUUGCCAACUGAAGCCUUGUUCUGCUACUUUCGCGGGCUCCUUCCUCUGGCAGGUUUCCCCUUGUCUGACUUCCUGGUUUCUCUCUGGAUGGAACAGGCAUGGCCACUCUGGGGGAGGGCAAGGCCCACGGGCUGGGCGGGCUGGAACCAGAGACCUCUGUGGCCCCCGGCUUAGCCUCCCCUCUCUCUGACCCCUCGGAUGCCCCCUGCCCAGCUUCUCACACACCCAAACAUUCCAGUGCCAGGUGAGCCCCACAUGCCCAGGACCCCCAGGCAGGACUCUAUACAUCCCUGGGGUGGGGUGGGGUGGGGCUCCGCUGUGUGUGGGACCAGGAUGGGGGCUUUACCCCUCUCUCAAUGUGGGGGCUGCUAACUCACCAAGGGAUCUCCCUCUCUCCCCUCUGCCUCCCCAUGUACUCCCUGYACUGUGACCCCCACACCUGGGGGGGCAGGCAGACCAAGAGCCCCCAGGAAGCACAGCUUGGGUGAAGCUCUUGCCUUUCUUAGCUUUAGGGGCAGCCGCAGGAAGGAGGGGAGCAGGGCAUUCCCUUUUACCCCACUUCCACCCCCAUUCUCCAGGGACUCCUUUGCCUCCCAGGCUGGAAGCUGUGCUGAGGGCGUGGAGACCUCCCCUGGGCUCUGGGUUAGCCAUGCUCUUCCCUCCUCGUGGGUAGAGGUCUGGGGCCCCCAUAGCCUCCCCUGUCCUGCUCUGUGCCAAGUGGGCCUGGAGCUGUGCAAAGCCAGCUCUGUCUCCACAGCUUGGCUUGCUGGGACCCAAGCGAGCAUGUGUGCAGAUGACUGUAACAGGAAAAUGUAAGGGUGACAGGAGGAACCAGGUGUAUGACUGCUGGUGUCUGGGCUUGUGUGCAAGGUAUAUGUGUGUGUGCGUGCGUGCGUGUGUGUAUGUGUGAGUGAGAGAGAGAGAAAGGGGGCAGAGCCCUCUGCCCCUGAUGUUUUCCUUAAACCGACAGUGAGAGGGAGGACCCUGGUGGAGAGAAGCUCUUUGGGUUCUCUCUGGGGUGGAAGCCCUCCUUCCUCCUAUCUGAAUGAGGAGACUCCAUGGCCCCCUUUUCAGGGUGAAGAGCAACGGUGGGGGUGGUUGUGGAGUUGGGGACUGUUGCUGGGCCUGUUGUCCGCUGGGUUGAGAAAGGGGAAGACUUGGUGUGGGCCUCUUCUCUCCCUGUUCCUGGAACUGCUGAGUAGGRCACCAGAAGGUUCUUGGUCACUCACUGUGGUGCCUCAGUCUCCCCUCAAGCCUCCCCCUGUGUCUACUGGAAGCAACAGAGGGUCCCAGGGCUCCAAAACUGGAAGCACAGGCUCUGGGAGGAGGAAGGGCAAGACGGUGCUACAUCAAAGUUCCUUCUCUGGGUGAGGGCCGGGAUACCUCUCCCCUGGCUUUAUUCAUCUCUGGGUUUUCUUGUCACCUCCCUGUGUGUCUCCCCCUCCCCACAUUGUCAACCUUAGUCUGAUCAGGCCCUGCAGCUGACUUUUUUUUUUCCCCCCAGGGCUGGGAUGGAACCCAGGGCUUCUUAAAUGCUAGGCAAGUGCUCUACCACUGAGCCACACCCCCAGCCCCUCAGGUGGCAUCUUGCCCCAUUGCACACUUGAGCCCUGCAGGUGAGGGGCGAGGACCCCAGGAUGGUAGCCUAUUAAGCAAUCAGGUCUGCAUGAGUGUCCUGUCAGUGGCUCACAUUUGAUUUGGGAACAUGUAGUCCAGAUCAGAGGUUGACAAGCAGCUGGAAGGAGCACCUGCCUGACCCGUUCCUUUUCCUUUCUGUCUCAUUUAAGUAAGGGCAGGUGGAGUGUCCUCUUGGACGAUUUGGGGACAAGCUGGACAGAGGAAGAAUAUUGGGGAAUAGCCUUGGGGAUGGUGCWGAUCCACUCUGUUUUCUCUUGAUUUCAAAGCACAAUGUGGAUCUGGGGACCAGAGGUCAGGGACACAUCCUGUUGCAGGGACUGUGGUUGGGAGGGGGUGCCACCUCCCUCAAGAGGAGCCAGCAGCCUAUUUCACAUAGCUGGACUUCCAAAACAAGGCAAGCCAGCUCCUAUUCUUCCCAUCUGAAGUCCUAAAAAUAGGGGAUGCUUUCUCACACACCCCCAGAGAGAGGAGGCACUCUCACACUGGUGCUGAGGGGACCCAGAGUAGCUAGAGCCUAUGUUCCUUCCCAGAACCUUCCACCCUYAGAAGAGCACAGAACCCCAAGGGCUGAGCUGAGCCCCUGAUCUUUGACCUUCACAGAGGUCUUGUAGCCAGUCUAACCCAGGAAAGAUAAUACCUGGGAACAUCAGUUUUGUGGACCAAUCCUACCGUGCCCAAAAGCCCACCAUGGGAAGUGUGGAUUCUUCCAACAGUGCUUCCUGCCUCCCCCGCCCCAUCCCUCCAGGGAAAACUCCUUUAUUGCUUCAUUUCUGCCUUUUUCCCUUCACACAUGCACUUUUGGGCCUUUUUUUAAUAGCUGGAAAAAAACAAGACACCACCCCACAAAC